GGACGGCGGAGACUGCCGGACACUGACAGCUCCGUAGCUCCCUCCCUCAGCUCAGUCCCGCGUCCCCACUUCCCUCCUUCCCUGGCUCGGAGCAGCAUCCUCUGCAGACCCGCGGUCCUCACUUCCCGGGUCGUCCCGCUUCCGCCGCUCAGUGCAAUUACUACCCCUCACCGGUCAAACCCGGAACUUUCUCCACCCGCUCCCGGGAGUGAGGGGUUGCUUUGUCUGGGCGGCUUUCUGCCGGGGUUCACUGGGGAGCAGUCUGCGGAGAAGGGCUUCAGGGUCCCAGAGAGACGCCGUCGCCCUCAGCCCGCCCCCCAGCGGGCCGGCCGUCGGGUCUCCGGACCUUCUCUUCCCCUCCACCCCAACAAUGACCGAAAUGAGCGAGAAGGAGAAUGAACCUGAUGACGCGGCCACCCACACACCCCCGGGGACCGUCUCUGUCCUCCAAGAAACCAAGCUCCAGCGGUUCAAGCGCUCACUUUCUCUCAAGACCAUCCUCCGGAGUAAAAGUGUAGAGAACUUCUUCCUUCGCUCGGGCUCUGAGCUCAAGUGCCCCACGGAGGUGCUGCUGACACCCCCGACCCCUGUGCCCACUCCCUCCACACCACUGGCAUCCACAGAUAGGGGCCUGCCCACCCCCACGCCCUCCCCAUGCCCGGUCCCACGCCCCCUGGCAUCACUCAAACCAGUGAGGCUGCACAGCUUCCAGGAACAUGUCUUCAAGCGAGCCAGCCCCUGCGAGCUGUGCCACCAGCUGAUCGUGGGAAACUCCAAGCAGGGCUUGCGGUGUAAGACAUGCAAAGUCAGCGUCCACCUCUGGUGCUCUGAGGAGAUCUCCCAUCAGCAGUGCCCCGUCAAGACGUCCUCCUCCUUCCGCCGCAACUUCAGCUCCCCGCUCCUGGUGCAUGAGCCGCCACCAGCCUGUACCACAAGCAGAGAGUCCCCACCCACUGGAGCCAGCGGCAAGGUGGACCCCGUGUACGAGACGCUGCGCUACGGCACCUCCUUGGCGCUGAUGAACCGAUCCAGCUUCAGCAGCACCUCUGAGUCCCCCACACGGAGCCUGAGUGAGCGGGACGAACUGACUGAGGAUGGGGAAAGCAGCAUCCGCAGCUCUGAGGAGGGACCUGGUGACAGUGUAUUCACAGCUCCUGCGGAGACCGAGGGGUCAGGACCAGAGGAGAAGAGCCCUGGACCGCAGCCACAGCCCCCCAGACCACCCCUGCGGAGGGACGCGGGGCCCAUGUACUACUACGUGGCGCUCUACAAGUUCUUACCGCAGGAGAACAACGACCUGGCCCUGCAGCCUGGAGACCGGAUCAUGCUGGUGGAUGACUCCAACGAAGACUGGUGGAAGGGCAAGAUUGGCGACCGAGUUGGCUUCUUUCCAGCCAAUUUUGUGCAGCGGGUGAGGCCAGGCGAGAAUGUUUGGCGCUGCUGCCAACCCUUUUCUGGGAAUAAGGAACAGGGCUACAUGAGCCUCAAGGAGAACCAGGUCUGUGUGGGCGUGGGCAGGAGCAAGGAUGCUGAUGGUUUCAUCCGCGUCAGCAGCGGCAAGAAGCGGGGCCUGGUGCCAGCUGACGCCCUGACCGAGAUCUGAGAGGAGCCAAGAGAACCCAGAUGCCACCCCUGCCCAUGCCUGGCCCUUGCUUCCGGUCCCAGCAGGGAAGCAGGCAUCCGCACAUAUUUCUCCCCCCUCUGCCUUUUUUCUAGAGGCCACACACUAUGGCUUGGGAGCCUUCUACACUGAGGAAGGUUUCAUUUCUUGGUUCUCAGGGUGUCCCGAGAGACACGAUCCUCUGGGACCUGGGGCUGGGGGAGGAGAAGGAAGCGGGUGGGAACGGGGAAGCCUCAGGCAGGCCUGGCAAGUGCGCGGGCGCCCCCAGUCCCAUUGCAGCGCUGAGUUCAGCCCUGACAGGCGUUCUUGGGGGAGCUUCCCUGAUGCUUCUUCCAGAAAGCCUUCCGUGACCACACCAGCUUUGCAUGACUGGCCUUCUCUUCAGGCCCUGAAGACCACUCCUCCAGCCACCUGCCCUAGCCAACCCUCUGACCUUGCUCUUGCUUUGACCCCUGUCCCUACGGAGCCUCUACUUGGGUCUAUGUGUGCGUGGCCAUGCUGGCCCCCUGCAAGUGGGGCCUCAGGAAGGUGCCUUCCCUGGUCCGGAGGGGACUCAGGGCUGUGGGAGGGCCCUGAGUCCACCUCCCGGUCUCACUGCCUCUGUCACUCCAUCAAUUCUCAGGAAAGUUCCACAGGAAUCUCUCCCAUUACUUGAAACCUGGGUGGACAGAGGAGGGGAGAGCUCAGAUCUGGGAGGGUGUGUGGCAAAUCAGAAACUGUCCCCCUGAAUAGAGCGGUCACCCCGGAGCAGCCUCACCCUACCCUUGCCCACUGGAAAAGGACACCCAAGAGCAACCCGAACACAGAAACCCGACUGAAGACAGAAACUAGCCCAUGCUUGGUCAAAACACCCCCAUUUCAUCAUCAGGACUCUAAAAGCCCCAAGAGUAGGACCGACCAGCUAGGGGAGCCUUCAUAGGUGGCCCCAGGAACCCCGCCCUCAGGAGUGACCUCCAAAUGGCCCUUCCUCACCCCUCUCUCUGAGCUCUUUGGGGGACAGGGCCACUGUUGCAGGGGUCCCUUUUCUGGCUGUACUUGCUGCCUUGCCCUGGACAGACAGCCCUGGGAGGAAGAGGGAGUGGGAGACAAGGAAGGUGGACCACUGUCUGGCCACCAGGAAAGGAGGGGAGGAGGCACCUUGGGGGAGGGGUGAGCACAUGCAAAGAGAACCCCUCCCAUGCAGGCUGCUUUUCUCUGGUGCGAACCUCCCUCUCCCCCCACCCCCAGCUCAGAGCCUCCUCUUGUGCCCUUGAUCGUGCCAGCUGACACCAACCCCCCCAUCCUGGGCACAGUCACGCUUUCCCAUGCAGUGGGAGGAACAUCAUCUUACCCACUGGCCCCCACCCCUCUUCUCCCUCCCACCCGCGUAGAGGGAGACUCAAGCCACACUGCCCUGUUUGCUGCCAUGAGCCCCCCUCAGCAAUACCCCAGGGGCGGCCCAAUGCCCACUGUACAUAAGGCUGCAUGAUGGGUGUGCUGGGGCACUGCUGAGCCCCCAGACCCCCAAUUAAAUGUUUCU